GUGGUUGUAAUUGAUGUUUAGCCCAAUUGUGAGGCGUUUUCAUUGAGUGAUCGCAGCAUUCAUUCAUCGAUUUGAGUGAAGCGUCCGCUCAUCUGAUCUGCGCUUAACUCUUGUGUCCACACAAUCGACACAACAGUCGGAUAAUGAGAUAAUAAGCCAACACUUGAAGACCACAAUCGGGAUCAGAGACAUCGCACGACACAAUGAUUGGCGGACUCUUCAUAUACAACCAUAAGGGAGAAGUACUCAUCUCAAGAGUAUAUCGCGAUGACAUCGGACGUAACGCUGUGGACGCGUUUCGGGUGAAUGUAAUCCACGCGCGACAACAGGUGCGGUCGCCGGUGACUAAUAUGGCCCGAACCUCGUUCUUCCACAUAAAACGUGGUAACAUAUGGUUGGCUGCGGUGACCAAACAGAAUGUGAACGCGUCGAUGGUCUUCGAGUUCCUGCUGAAGAUGUGUGAAGUAAUGCAAUCAUAUUUCGGCAAAAUUAGCGAAGAAAAUGUGAAAAACAAUUUCGUACUCAUCUAUGAAUUGCUGGACGAGAUCCUCGACUUCGGGUAUCCGCAGAACACCGACACCGGAAUACUUAAGACAUUUAUCACUCAAACCGGCAUUAAGUCGGCCACGAAGGAGGAACAGUCACAGAUCACAUCUCAGGUGACCGGACAGAUAGGUUGGCGACGAGAGGGCAUUAAAUACCGUCGCAACGAGCUAUUCCUCGAUGUCCUCGAAUACGUGAAUCUUCUUAUGUCACCACAAGGCCAAGUGCUGUCGGCACACGUAGCGGGCAAAGUGGUGAUGAAGUCAUACCUGUCGGGAAUGCCUGAAUGCAAGUUCGGAAUCAACGACAAGAUAACGAUGGAAAGUAAGGGCAAACAGACGCAGUCAGCGGCGUUGGACGACCCGUCGCGCCCGACCACCACUACCAGCAAGUCUUCAAUAGCCAUCGAUGACUGUCAGUUCCAUCAGUGCGUCAAACUGUCUAAGUUUGAGUCGGAACACGCCAUCAGUUUCAUACCACCCGAUGGAGAGUACGAACUGAUGCGCUAUCGGAUCACAAAAGACAUAUCGUUUCCAUUCCGGAUCAUACCAUUGGUGCGAGAGGUCGGCCGAACCAAAAUGGAGGUCAAAGUGGUCCUGAAGUCUAACUUUAAGCCAUCGCUUAUCGGCCAAAAGAUUGAGGUGAAGAUCCCGACCCCACUCAACACCAGUGGCUGUCAAUUGAUUUGCAUGAAAGGAAAGGCCAAAUACAAGGCCAGUGAGAACGCCAUUGUCUGGAAAAUCAAACGAAUGGCUGGUAUGAAAGAGACACAACUGAGCGCUGAGAUCGAGCUGUUAUUGACGGACACGAAGAAAAAAUGGAACCGACCGCCCAUUUCCAUGAACUUUGAGGUGCCGUUCGCGCCGUCGGGACUCAAAGUCCGGUAUCUGAAGGUUUUUGAGCCGAAACUCAAUUAUAACGAUCACGACGUUAUCAAAUGGGUUCGUUAUAUCGGCCGAAGCGGUCUCUAUGAGACCCGAUGCUGAGCGCAUCCGACCAGCGGCUCUGUGGCCGACCAUCGAUCGCUUCAAACGGAUAUAUUGUUCUCUCACUUCUCUCUCUCUCACACGAACUAAUGGCUUGUUUUAUGUCAUUCCAGUGACUCUUCUCUCAGUUUUAUUCUCCCAAAAAACAUAACAAAAUAUGAGUUAAAUAAUCGUUUAAAGCAAUUUAUUACCAAUUAUUAUGUGAUUUAUUAAUUAUUUUUUCUGUUUUUCUAAACUAAAUGUUUUUUGUUUCUC